CACUAUGGUUACUGGCAGCAGAUUCGGAUCUUGAUUUCUGUAUGUUAUGCUGCGCUCAGUCAGUGCAGUGUGCCAGUCGUCCCGCUAACUCAGCUCCUAGAGAUGAAAUAAACUACACAACAAGUUUAGAUAUUUCACUCUGGAUGAAUUUGGUUUCAUUAAAUCUGUGGGAGAAAAAAAGCAAAACAUUUCUCCAUCUGUAAGUAACUGGUUCCUGAAAUAUCAAGAUGGAUUCCACCGCUGUUCCUAUGACCUUCACCUACUUACCCACCAACAAUGGCUCGAAGUGCAACACCCUGUACGCCCACCGGGACUAUGCCAGAGUCCUCAUGCCUAUUUUUUAUUGCACUGUGUUUGUUGUGGGGCUGCUGGGGAACUGUCUGGCCCUCCACGUCAUCCGUCCCAAUCUGAAGAAAAUGAACUCCACCACCUUAUAUUCCCUCAACCUGGUGGUCUCUGACAUCCUGUUCGCCUUGUCUCUGCCUCUGAGGAUUGUCUACUAUGCUCUGGGUUUCCACUGGCCUCUGCCUGAGGCGCUGUGUAAAAUCUCGGGCUUUUUCUUCUAUAUCAACACGUAUGCAGGCGUCAAUUUCAUGACCUGCCUCAGUAUAGACCGCUUCAUCGCCGUGGUCCUGCCUCUGCGCUUUGCCCGCCUCAGGAAAGUCAGCAACGUGCGUUACAUUUGUGUUGGCGUUUGGCUGCUGGUCCUGGCACAGACCGUCCCCCUCCUCGGCAUGCAGUUGACCCAGGUGGAAGACGACGGCUUUGUCACCUGUAUGGAAUACCCAACCUUUGAGAAGAUUGACCACAUCGCCACCACACUGAUUGGCGCUGUCUUCGUGGGUUAUGUCACGCCUGUGAUCACCAUCCUGGUGUGCUACUCUGUCCUGUGCUCUAAGCUUUACUUAACAGCAAAGACCAACCAUCUGACAGAAAAGUCUGGACGCAGCCGCAAGGUCAUCGGUGUGAUCUGCUGUGUGUCCCUGGUGUUUGUUGUCUGUUUCAGCCCCUAUCACAUCAACAUCCUGCAGUACAUGAUUCGCAAGCUGGCGUCAAGCCCGAGCUGCGCUGACCUCACAGCGUUUCAGGUGUCGCUGCAUAUCACAGUCUGUCUGAUGAACCUCAACACCUGCCUGGAUCCAUUCAUUUACUUCUUUGCCUGUAAGGGCUACAAGAGGAAACUGAAGAAGCUUCUGAAGCUGCAGGUCAGUGUGUCCUUCUCCAGUGCAGUGAGAACAUCACCUGAAGGCUCCUCAAAGGAUUUUCUUGAGUCCAACAAGAUCCACCUCAACGGCUCUACUCCAGUCGCAACCAGUGAGAGACUCACAGAACGGCACCAUGAGUUACAAAGGAUGUGAGAAAGCUUGUAAUCAAAUGUAAUCUGGACACAAUCUGAAAUGAAGUGGAUUCAUUCAUUGUGGACUCCCAUGCAGCCACCUUGCAUCUGCACCAACCGUAUUAGACCACAUUAGUUUACAUUAAGGAAAUACAUCAACACAACUUUAAUAUGGAAAAUACAGAACCACUUUUUGCUGCUUUCUUGAAAAAAAUAAGGCACGCUCGUUUCCUGGCUGUAACCUGAUGAAGCAGAGCACAAAGAGGCGCUCUGUGAACGUGGACAAUGACCUGAUAAAGAGCUGAAAUAGACAACGGUGAACACCUACAAGUUCAUGCAUGACCAAAAUGAACGCUGCUAGGACUGAGUGCACUGCCAUGUUGACCCAUUUGUAAAAGGCCCAAAAAGCAACAUAUUUAUGUAAAAAAAAAGAAAAAAAAAGUGAACUGAAUAUUUGCAAUCAGACCUCACAACUGCCUGACCUCCUCCCACAAUGUUAUGUUUUAGGAACCACGUUGUUUACAGUGCGUAACAUACUGUUUGAGAUUUGAUUGUUAUCUCUGUCUUACUGUCUCGGCUGCUUAACUAUAUUAUGUAAUUGCUGGUGGAUGGAGCUGUUUUUGUUGUUUUAUGAUAAUAAGGGCAUUCAACCUUCCAUUUUAGGUCAGUUAAUGUUACAACAGUGCAGUGUUAAAAUCAGUUAUCAUUUCAUUUGUUCACAGCGCUGAAAGCGAUGAUGUUGUUCAUAUGUUCUAUUUGUACAAAUUUACACUUUCUGUGUCUUGUUAGAUUUAUAAGUUUGGUUUUAAUGCCCUGUUGUGUAUGUAUGUGUGUGUACAUCAUGACCAAACAUGUGAUAAUCGUCCAAAGAAAAACAAACAAAAGACAUGAUGAUACAUAACAUGUUAGGAAAUGCACAAUGUUGAAAGAAAGACUGCAGUAAAAAGAAUGAAGCAAUGCAGUUUUCUGUUUUCUGUGACCUUCCCUCUGAACUCCCAUCACAAACAAUUUAUACAAUUCAUAUUACAUUUUCAGGGAAAGAUAAGGAUAAUAUAAAUUAGAAAUUGAAUUAGCCACUGUAAGUUCAGCUGUUUAUAUAUUUUGUAAAUAGUUCAUAAUGUUGUUGGUUUUUUUUUGCCAUCUUUGUUCUAAA